AUGCAGUUCAUUGCCGUCCUCAUUGCUACCUUGGCCGCCGUCGCCACUGCUACUCCUUCUCCCGAUGCCUUUGAGAAGCGCACCUGUGUUGGCCACUACAAGGUUGCCUGCCAGCCUAGCGGCCCGUCUUGCUGUGACGGCUGGAAGUGCGUUGGCGCUACUGAGUGGAAUGAUGGUGUCUGCAUUCCCAAGUACUAA